AUGUCUGGAUGUCCUCCAAAAGCAAUUAUAACAGACCAAUGUGAAGCAAUGAAAUGGGCCAUUAAGUCUGUAUUCCCUAAAGCUAGACAUAGGUGGUGUUUGUGGCAUAUUAUGAAGAAGGUGCCAGAAAAAUUUGGUAUGUACUCCAAAAGUGAAAAAAUAAUAUUUGCUUUGCAAGAAGUGAUACAUGAUACACAAACUCCAGCCGAGUUUGAAGAACGUUGGCUGAAGAUGUUGGAAAAGUAUGGCUUGAAGGAGAAAAAAUGGUUAAGUGAUUUGUAUGCUGAAAAAGAAAUAUGGAUCCCGUGUUUUCUGAACAAUACGUUUUGGGCAGGGAUGUCCUCUACACAGCGCAGUGAAGGUAUGAAUGCCUUUUUUGAUGGUUUUGUUAAUGCAAAAAUAUCUUUGAAACAAUUUGUUGAGCAGUUUGAACAAGCAUUAAGGAAAAAAGUGGAAAAAGAACUGAUUGCAGAUGCCGAAUCAGCUUUAAAGUCUCUGAAGAAGGUUUCGAAGAAUCCUUAUGAGGGAGAAUUGGAGAAGAAAAUUCAUGAAACAUACACUAUCAUCGAGGAAGACAUGACUGACAAAGACACAAGUGAUGAAAGUGACAAUGAUUCUGAUACUGGAACCGAUUCUGAUUCCGAUAACAGAGACAAGGGAAGUGAGAAAAAGAGAAAAAAGGUUGACUUUGAUGUCCAAUGCAGUUGCCAAAAAUUCGAAAGCACUGGAAUUCUUUGUAGACAUUCAAUAAAAGUACUAAUGUUCAACGAGAUUCGGUGUAUAUCUGAUAAAUACAUACUGAGGAGGUGGAGAAAGGAUGUAAAAAUAUCUCAUACAAAAGUCAGUGUAAGGUUCACUUUUUGGAAAAAUAGUGAAACAAAUAUGCGUUAUAAUCAGAUGUGUAGAAAAUUUAGUCAAAUUGCAGAUUUGGUUUCUGGAAGUGAAGAACAAUGUAAAUAUGUUAAUGACUGGUUGGAUACUAAGAUCCAAGAGCUUAUUGUUACGCAAAAGGAAGUCGAGACAGUUAAUAUGGUUGAGGAUAAAAUGGCUGCACCAAUGCUUGGCACAAAAGAUCCAAAGGGUGGCAAACAGAGAGGGCGGCCUAGCUCCUCUAGACUCAAAGCCAAGAGAAGUAAGAGGAAACGCACAAAAACUAAACAGUCAUCCCAAGAAGACCAGGAAGGAACUGUCCAAGAGAAUAUUGCAGCAGUCCAAGCGCCACAGGAAAUGCAAAACCAACAACUGAUGUUUACAGGAGUCCAACGAGGGAGAGGUGUGAGGGGCGGAAGGGGAUCAAGAGGAAGAAGAGGCUCAAGAGGAAGAAGAGGCAUAGAUGGAACACUUUUAAGCACUCCUCAUGAACAACGUAUGACCCCGCCUCAUGUACCACAUGUGGGAGAAGAGUAUGUAUCCCAUGCAGGUGGAGCAUACAUGAGCUAUCCCCAUGGGAAUUAUAGGAUCUUGUCUCAUGUGCCGCAUAUGGGAAAUAAUAAUUCUGAACUGUAUACUGGCAGAGCUUGGGCUCCGUAUGUCGCAUCCACUGCUAAUACGAUCGCGCCGAGGGAGUUCGGUAGUGCAAACCAUUUUUCUUAUAUGGAACUGAUGUUCAAUCUCAACUACUGA